GCCUGCAUGAGGGAUGGCUCGUUUUUGAUGAUUAGCAUAGGCCUCGCGACGUCAUGGCUUGUAAGAAAUGCCGAAUAAAGAAGAUAAAAUGUGACAAUGCAAAGCCCGUUUGUGGUCGCUGUAAACUAUGCUCAUUGCCUUGUGAAUAUGUCAGUGAAAGACAGUCUCUGAAGAAACUAGAUAGUGCGGAAAUUGAGAAGAGGCUCCAUCGAAUAGAAUCCCUAUUCCGGGGCAUGCAGGAUGACCCCAGUAGUGGGUCUAUGGACCAAGAUCUGUUGGAGAACGGAGUAGCAGCAGCAGAUAUAUCUCCAGCAAUCUGCACCACGGGCGCCACGGGCGCCAGUAAUCCGACUCUUCACGAGAGUUUCGAUCAUGCCUCAACAGCUACUCAAGAACUUAGUCCCGCACUGAAUGAUGAGCCUGCAGUAACUUCAGUAGCUGAGCGAAGAGCAAACAUGAGAUCUAUUAGCCCUGCCCAGACAAGUCAAGGCACGAUUGAACAACCUCAUAGGAGUACAGUGCCUGGCGCUCAAUUCAACUUAUUGGACGAAAUCAUUUCGGGGAAAGUUACUCGACGGCGAGAGAACAAUGCAGCAGUAUGGAUCAGAACACUUGACGGAGAUGAAUAUACUGGACCGUCAUCUGGCAUAUCCCUCUUCUCUGACCCUGGCUUGGAAUGGAUCCAAAGCACUUUUGACGAGAAAAACGAUAUCUGCGUUACUCUCCGGGCUAUCACUGUCGAUGUUGCGAAUCAUUUGCAGAUGCCCAAAUGUAUGCCCUCAAAUCCGUGGUCAUCGCUCGACAGGAGAGCUUUCUCAAAGCCGCUACCAUCACAGGAUACGGUGUGGAAUUAUGUUGACGCUUACUUUCGAAAAGUUCAGUGCAUAUUUCCUAUUCUAGACCGACCCCUGUUCGAAAACCGCCUGAAUGCGUACUUCCAAGACCCGACCAAAGUUGACACUGCCUGGUCCGUACUUCUCAACACGGUGCUGGCAUCAGGAUGCAGGGCUUUUCUAUCAGCGGAAUCACGGGAUGCAUUUGAAAAGUCUGGCCGAGAAGGCUGGGGUUACUUUCAGAAUGCCGUCGAUCUUGUGGCCCAACUCAUAUAUCAGCCUACAAAUAUAACAGCUGUUCAGGCCCUCGCUACUAUGACAGUCUACGCACAAGGCUUAUCAAGCCCACAACGGCUGGAACACACAUUUUGUACCUUGGCGGCACAGGUUGCUCAAGGAUUAGGAAUGCACAGAGAGUCAUUAUCAAGCUGGAAUCUCACAGAUUACGAGAUUCAGGAACGCAAUCGCCUCUUUUGGGUGGUCUAUAUAUUGGAUAAAACCAUCGCGUUACGCUGUGGUCGACCUUCUGCUAUUGAUGAUGAUGAAAUCAGCUGUCAAUUCCCACACGGCAUAACCGUGUUUCAAGUUCCCUGCGAAGAUGUCAGGAAUGAGACUGGAAGUAAUGAAGGAGAGACAUUUGAUCUCUUCUUAACCUAUGUCCAAUACGCCAGAUUAUGCGGUAAGAUUGCAAAACAGCUUUAUUCCGCUUCGGCAGUAAGUCGUCCAUGUCGGGACAUGCUAUCGACAGCAACACUACUCGACGAGGGGAUCCUGCGCUGGCGUGAGAGUAUCCCAAUUACUUUCCGACCAGGAACGUCUUUUCGACCAUCAACCCUUCCAAACAAUGUUCCCUUCAUCCACGCUCUGGUGCUGAACUUUGCGUACAAUUAUGCAAUUUGUGCGGUAUACAGGAGAUUCAGUGCUAUGUUUCUUCACUACGACUCUCAAUCAAGUCCGACGGAGCGUGAGGCGACGGAGGCAAUGAGUGCGGCAAAGUGUCUCGAAGCAGCUAGAUCUAUGAUCUUAUUGACGAAACAUCUUGAUAUUGAGAGCUAUAGCCCUGGAUGGAUCGUCUUCUACUAUCCAAUGACCGCUCUCAUUACGAUUUUUACACACGUCGUCUGCAAUCCCUUAUCCGAAACAGCUAGCAAUGACAUUGCUCUGAUGGAAGUUGUGAUUGGACAUUUUGGGCGUUUAGAAUUUAUCACUUCUGGAGGUACGACCUUCAACAAAGUCGGAGAGCUUGUCCGACUUGCUCGAGGAGUAGUACAGAAAGCUCGCCAGAACAGUGGUCGAGAGAUGCGGCGUAACUCCCCAUCUCAGCCAAGAGAGGGUGUAACGAGGAAUGGAGUCUUUGAUCAGAACUCCCCUAGUCAACAGAUUUCAGAUUCUAGCAACCAAUCUUGGCAGCCAAAUCAAAACCAAGCAUCCAUGUUACCCAAUGAUAACACAGUGCCCAACCAAAGAAUCCCUAACAUCGAGGGCUGGAAUCAAACGAACUUUUCUCAAAACAGCCAAUGCGCCAUAACCCCUCUCGAUACCCCAGCCAAAUACCAAUCCGACCAAGCCUCCAUACCCAUAGACUCCAUUCCAGAUCCAGUCCCCGAUACGCAACCCCACACCACUUAUCUCCAAGGCGACACACCGCCGCAACAUAUCUACCUUGCGGAUGAAAACCUGCAUCGUUGGCAGGCGAAUCAGCGCGGCGGUCAAGUCGAGGAAUGGGACCUUAGCCCUAUGAAUUAUUCUCACAUGGAUUUCCAGCAGGAUCUCACAUCGUCGGGGAUGGAGUUUGAUCAAGGCUUGCUUGCGUGUAAUGGGUCCUCGUUAUAGGUGCGGACUUGAACUUCUGCUUGCAGUUGAAAAGUGGACAUUGUCAGUUUAUUGACAUGGAGUUUGGGAUGAGCAUUUUUAUAGGCGGGUUGGAUGCAUAUACGCAUUGAGGGGAUAUGCUUCGUUGGUAGCUAUGUAACGGCUUUGAAAUCCUGGCAUGAGUAACACAUUGCAGAUGACUACGUAAAUUCCUCUCAUCUCUCACAGUCUCACUUUGGAC